GCCACGCCCCCCGAUCUAGCUCACUGUUGUAGAACACAAAAGUCCAAAUAACAAGUCAAGUAUUUCAAGAAAUUAGGAAACAGAAAUAUAAAAUGUAUCACCUGAACUCUCUGGAACGAUAUCUGACAGUCUGGGGGAAGAAAGGGACAAAAGCUGACCAAAAGGAGCCCACCCUCCAAAGGGGUACGCGAACAUCACCGUUCGUAUUUGACUACAUUCUUCAUACAGCGGUGUGUGUUGACAGAGGAUGCUGCUCGGAUGAGUAUCUGUGUGCAGCGCUGGUGGUAGCAGACGCAGCUCAGCGACACACACACACGCACACACACAAACACGCACACGCACACAGUAGAGGGCCAGUGGAAGUGGAAAACGUUCUCCCUGUCGGAGGUGGCACAGCGACAACUAACGUCAAUCUACACCCUCAUCUGGACGAGGCUUCAGAGGAAUAAUGUAUCAGUAUCCAGUUGGAAAUAUUGAGAAGAUCCGAAAGGCACGCAAGGCGGUGAAAAACAUCCUUGGUGAGAUUGGCCUGGAAGACUGCCAAAACCUGUUGAAGGAUCUCAAUGAAAAGUCUGAGAAAAACUCUGAUGAAGACGAGGUCUUUCAGGAAACUGCUUGGGUGGAUAUCACAGAUGGAUACAAUGUCAGACUGAAGAAAAAGUGGCCUUAUAGGUCUCGAGCUCUGUGCUGUAGCAUGUGCAAAUACUCUUCACAAAACAUCUACAACUUCAGGAGCCAUGUCUCUCGUUGCCAUGGAUAUGUGCAGUCAUUCUGUGCGCUGGCACCCUGUUCUAAGUGCGUCUUCAUCGGACCCCCCAAGUUCCACAAGAAGCACAUGCUGUUCUUCCAUGCCACCUACACACAACCGCAGAGGGAGGGGCCUCUACCUGCCCAUCGCGGAAAUGAGCGGUAUCAGUGUCGAAGAUGUGGAUUUCCAGCCUCCUCUAUCUUUACGAUGAAGAAGCACAUCAUCCUCAAGCACAUGGACAGUGUGGCAGAACAGUAUAUUGGUUACAGAUUUAUUCCUCAAGGGACUACAUCUGUGAAGGUCUACUGCUGCAAGGUGUGCAAGGUGAACACUGGAAACCUGGACCAAAUGUUGCAUCACAUGCUGGUUGAGCCAUCGCACUUUUCAGUCGGCACACAAGUGCAGAGUAUGAUUUAUGAGAACAAGAACUUCUCCAUUAAAGCAACACCGAAUGGAAAUGGUGUGUUUGUGACAUUCCCAAGCAUUGCUCCUAAACUACAGCAACCUCACAUGUUCAACAGUAAGUCCUUGGUUUUACCAAGUAAUGGCCAACCUGGUGGCACUGUGUUGGCCUUACAGCAUUUAGGAAGAACAAACAGUACUACUCUGAUCUGUUCCCCCGGAACCAACCAGGCUUUUCUGCCCCCUCAAGCGUCGGCGCUAGUGCAGCUAGCUAGUGCUGAAGCUAAAGGUUUGCUCCAGCCUGGUGCCACGAUAGCCCUCCGAGGUGCUUUGCCUCAAGGACUAGGAUCUCUGGUCCAGCUUCCCACACUGUCCAACGUGUCUCUGAAACAGGCACAUGUGGCUCUAGCUCCUGCUCCACCACAACAUCCUCCACAACCGCAGCAAAUCUUUCUCCAAUCAGGACUGCGGGCCAACAUGGCAGCUGGAGCUGUAUUGAAGCCUGCUGUGGAUACAAAAAAUGCACCAACAAACCAAGUCGCCCUACAAGGUACCAUGCUGACUUCACAGUCCCUGCUGAGUCACUUGAUCCCGACUGGCAACAAGAUGAAUGGCAUGCCCACAUAUACUUUUGCUCCACUGCAAGUAGCAAUGCCUGUCUCCCAGAGCACAAGUACCCCUCUCAAGACUGUUGAGCAAACGAGAAACUCCACACCACAAACUAAGAAAUGGAUUACCUGUCCCCUCUGCAAUGAACUUUUCCCUUCUAAUGUCUUCGACGUGCACACAGAGGUCGCUCACCAGCAAAAAUCCAACACAUCCAUGUCAGAAAGUGUGGCGGCACGAGCGUCAUUCUUGAAAAAAAUGCCUGACAAAACUGUAAAAUGUCUAACGUGCAAAAUUCUUCUCUCAGAAAAAAGCGUCUUCCAACACCUUUUGCAUGGCCUAAAUUGUUUGUACUGCUCCGCAUUGUUCUUUUCAAUCAAACAGCUUGUUGAACAUGUAAAGCAGCACAAUCCCACAAGCAAGACAUACUGUGAUUUCCUGAGGCAGAAGUACAGGCUCUACUCAAAAGGUAUUGGAGGAAUCCUGUUCCCGUACUUUGAUGUCCACACCACCGCACCAAAAGAGGUUUUAGGAGACACAGAGGUCAAUCUUGCUCUGGUCACAAAUUCACUUGACCUGAUCUUCUUUAAGUUGCAGCCCAGCAGCCAGCCAGACAUCUGCACAGUAACUGCAAAAAUCAACAGUGCGUAUUGUCCCUUCUGUGACGAAAAGUUUCAGAAUGAGACCAAACACCUUCAGCACCUGAAGCAAAAACACUUGGUAGCGCCCACAAUUCAUGCUAUUCUCAAGACGGAGGCGUUCAAGUGCAUCUACUGCAAUGGUGUGUACACGGGCAAGGUCACCCAGCAGGCGGUGAUGCUCCACAUUCAGCGAUGCCGGUGUUCCCCAAAACCACCACAGCCACUGAAAACUACAGCGGCACCACCACCACCACAGCCGCCACCGCCGCCAAAACCCGCUCAGCAGCUCAGUCAGCCGGUCUACUUUCUCCAAAUGCCACAAGGACUGACUAUGAAACCAACGUUGGCUCCAGCUCGCCUGAUUCAAGCCGCACCCACUGCAGCGCGUCCAGAGACGGAAGCGGAGGUGCUGUCGAAGAAGAGGCUAGAGGCUGCGUGGAGGGAUGUCUUGGAGACCAACAAACGAGAGAGGGAACAAAAGGCGGCCAGUCGCAAGAAGCAAGAUCAGGUUAAGCUGUUGCCCUCGCCAGAGCCUGUGCUUCAGAUCGAACCCACAGUGAAGCUGGUGUUGGAGCCCAGCGCAGUCGAGCGCCGCUGCAGUGAGGGGCGCAAAGACUUUAUAUCCAAAUACUUCAACCAGAACCCCUAUGCGACCAAAACCGAGACCGAGGAGCUGUGCAAAAGGAUGUCCCUCACAAAAGCAGAGUUGGCGGCCCACUUCAGCAAGAAGCGCAGUAAGUGCAUGAAGAGCAUCAAGAGGAACACGGCUGCCAUAUUCCUCGGCUUUAACAUGGCGGAACUGAGCAAAGUCAAGCACAAUCUCGUAAUCGACGAAAAGCAGCCCGCCGAUACCACACAGCCCAUGGAAAACAGUGAGGAUGGACCAGAACCAAUGGAUGAAAGUGGAAAUGAGAAAGUUACGAAUGGGGAACCGGUGGAACAGAUGGAAUGAGUUGUGAAAUGUGUGAAAAUGUCCCGAAUUAACUAACAGAAAACAACCCAGAUACUUUAAGGAGAGAGAGAAGAGCAUCAUGCAGUGCAUACGAUGCAUUACCUAACAUACAAGUUACCUGUGAGUGAGGGCAGUCUCUUAAUGUUGCCCACAUUAAUAGUGCUUUGUUUAACUUCAGUAUGUUGUCUGUGGUCCGUAUCCUAAUUUCCACAUAAAUGCAGAUAAUAUAAUAAUUAAGAUACAGAUGUAUCGUUGAGCUGCAACAAAAAUGUACCUGGUUACAAUCUCUUAUUCAACAAUGGCUACUGACUGCAACUCAAGCACUGAUUUUUCUCCUAGCUGCUUUUUCUUUGCACCUUUUAUUAAAGCCCGCUUGUAAUUCCUACAUCACUGCUUGCCCGCUAAUAUCAGGACUUGGGUGCACACUUCACAUAGGCUUGGUUUUUCAAGAUAUUAUGUUUUCCUUUUAAAAUAUUGCUUUAUAUUACAUAUUUGGACCUGUGUUUUAUCGUUCAGAUUGUUCACACCACUUUCCCCCCCGCCCCCCACAUUUAAACAGAUUAAGGGAAGAUGUUUCUCACUCAAACUGGUGAACCGAGAGAGAGGGAAAUGCAAGAUGAAGAUCUUGCUGUUUUGAAGCCAAAAUCUUAAGAAUGUACAAAUAUUUGAGUUGUCAGGUUGCUUUAUUCUCAGUUAAGAAACUCCUGGUUAUUGUGUAUUUCUGAACAUGUUGCUUAAAUGAGAAUUAGUUUUUAUUAUGACAUAUUAUGAUUUGUGCCAUUGUGAAGGUUGCAUAGACUUGGAAAUCUAUUUCUAAAUCGAGGAAAUUUACCUCGAGAUUCAUAAAAAUAUACUCCCAAGUUAUUGGGUGGCCACCAUAUAUCUUUUGUUCUCCUGACGGCAGUUCUUUUGUACCACACUUGUAUUUUAUAGAAUUCCUAGAGGAUUACAAAUGUUGGGAGGGGUGCAAACUAUCAUCCAAGGCCACUGUGUUGUAAAAAAUAAAGGGGUUUCCUUAUGUGAA